UAAAAACAAAAGUCAGCGACUCAGAGAGCACGUAUUCUUCGUCAUUUCUCAACCUCUCCUCCCUUUCCCAAUAUUGAUCUUUGUGUUGAUGGUUGCUGUUUCUUAGAAGACCAAUGAGUAAUUAUGCAGCCGGACUUGAUAACUCUGGCUCAGGUAAAAGGAGAAUAAGAGAUCUUUUGAAACAACCUGAUAACCGAGUCUGCGCUGAUUGUUCCGCUCCUGAUCCCAAAUGGGCAUCAUCAAAUAUCGGAGUCUUCAUUUGCUUAAAAUGUUGCGGUGUGCACAGAAGCCUCGGCACUCAUAUCUCAAAGGUCUUGUCUGUGACACUUGAUGAAUGGUCUGAUGAGGAAGUCGACUCCAUGAUUGAGAUUGGAGGAAAUGCUUCUGCAAAUUCUAUUUACGAAGCUUUUGUACCCGAAGGAAGCUCUAAGCCUGGACCUGAUGUUAGUCAUGACCAGCGUAUGAUAUUCAUCAGGGCUAAGUAUGAACACCAAGAGUUCCUGAAACCAAGCUUGCGGAUUACGUCAGGGAAAGCUUGCUCAACAAAGAAACCAUCAUUUGUCAAAUCAAGUCUUUCUACAAAAUUCAUGGAUAGUUUUCGCGCAAAUUCAUCAUCAAAGAAGAUGUUUGAGGAAGGAAUGGUAGAGUUUAUUGGAUUGUUGAAGGUGACUGUCAAGAAAGGUACUAACUUAGCAAUCAGAGAUAUGAUGUCAAGUGAUCCAUAUGUUGUCUUGAAUCUUGGGAAGCAAAAGCUUCAGACAACAGUUGUGAAUAGUAAUUUGAACCCAAUAUGGAACCAAGAACUCAUGCUUUCUGUUCCUGAGAGCUAUGGUCCAGUGAAGUUGCAAGUGUAUGAUUAUGACACAUUCUCUGCUGAUGAUAUAAUGGGAGAAGCUGAACUUGAUAUCCAACCUCUGAUAACAUCUGCAAUGGCUUUUGGGGAUCCUGAGAUGUUUGGGGAUAUGCAAAUAGGAAAAUGGCUGAAGUCGCAUGAUAACCCGCUUAUAGAUGACAGCAUCAUUAACAUCGUUGGUGGGAAAGUGAAACAAGAGGUUCAGAUCAAGCUUCAGAAUGUAGAGUGUGGAGAAUUAGAGCUAGAAAUGGAAUGGUUGCCACUGGAACAAUAAUAGUAUCAGCAGGUCCAUUAUGUAUUAAAUUACAAUUUGCGUACUCUUUUGUUGAAACAUUUUUGGAUCUUUCCACAGGACUCUUUUUUUGUUAUAUUUGUUUCCGAUGGUUAUAUAUCUUCAGAGUACACAUUGUAUUUAUACUAUUAAAGCAGGAUCCUAUUGGUCUUUUUACUAAAAAUACUUUUUUUUUACUAACAUUGCAUAUUUCAUUAAUGACAAUCAAGUAAUAUUAAUAACACAUCUAUAUUGGAUUAUUUUUUUGGAUCCAGUCCACUGCCUACAUCAUUUCUCUUGGGCCAUUUGGGCCAAUUAAGAAAUCAGAUCCAAUUUUUUUUUUUUCCAAGUU